ACCUUAUUGGCUACCGGUGUCGUUGACUUCCUGAAACAAGACUGUCUGAAAAGUGUACGUCCAAGCUGAGAAUGUUCUUACCUUCAGUGGCCGAACAACUUUUCCAAGAUAUUCAAAAAGCAUACCAGGAAACGUCCCAAAUUCCUGACGACCUGCUUAUUGCGCUGAAGUUUGUGUUCGGGCCUUGUGCGCUGCAGGCUUUGGACCUUGUUGACCAGCAGUCAGUCACCUGUCUGUCAUCUCCCAGUGGACGCAAAGCAUUCCAGGUAAUGGGAGGCUCGGGGUGUUUGUACACUUGCUUCGUGUCCUGUCACUACUGCCCGUGCCCGGCCUUCGCCUACACCGUGCUCCGCAGAAAUGAGGGCCCGCUGUGCAAACACAUCCUGGCUGUCUACCUGUGUCAGGCCACGGCUGCGACUCAGCAGGAGAGCGUGUCUGAUCAGCAGAUGUCCGCGCUGCUCAGCGGGACAGCAGCCCAGUGACAGGUAUGUUCAGUACGACGCCAGGACCCUCUUGGAUGAGAGCCGAUGUUUUUUUACGGACACUUUGGGUCACUGCAGAGAGGACCGGAGCACGGGAACACUACCGCAGUUGCUGCUCUUUCAUUUGACUCUGACAGAAACCAGAUGUUUACUUUAGUUCUUUUUUCUUUUGGAAGAGAACUUAAUAAAUUUCCCAGGAAACGGCA